AGCUGUCCGAAGAAUAUUAUAAUUUUUGUAAGUUAAUGCCCAGGUGGUCGGAUAUUACCUCAUUUGUGGGCCCGGUCACCAAACGGGGUGCCACUGAUCUGUGCUGCACUUCACACGAUGACCACUAAGCGACAGCAUAUACUAAAACGUGGAAACGAAACUAUUUAAUCGAAUCAGACGCACGUGUUUUCAAAAAGAUACUGCGUAUGCAAGUUUACUUGCAAUAAAAUAACUUAGGUUUUCUAUAAUAUACUGUAACGCAACAUCACUUGCAAUAACACCCGCGACCAUGUGCCAUAUCAGACUUCAUGCAUAAAGUUACAAUAUAAAAACCGUUCAGAUCUGCCGAAGUGCCCGCGCUCGGACUGGCUUUCUGGAGCACCUGUCCAAAACAGCGCGGUUGAGGAGGCGGGGACGGGGCGGGCUGAGCGGUGCCGCCCUGCUGGUUGAGCCGGAGCACCAUGGUGGGCUCCAUCCGAGCCUGGACUCGCAAUGUGCGCGCAGCUCGCCCCCGGCGCCGGCAGCUCGGUGCCUCUUUCUCAGCGCGGAGCCCGAGCGGCGGUGCAGCGCUUCAGCACGGGAUGGAGUACCAGGACGCCAUCAAGAUGCUGAACUCCCUGCAGUCCAAUGCCAGCACCCUGGAGCAGGUGCGGCAGGGAUGUACUCAGCCGCUGCUCCAGUUGCAGGCUAUGAGGGUCUUUCUGGAGCGUUCAGGCCUCUCGUUGGAGGAGCUGGACCGCCUGAAUAUCAUUCAUGUGACCGGGACAAAGGGCAAGGGAUCGACGUGUGCCUUUACCGAAAGGAUUCUCAGGAAUCACGGCUUCCGCACUGGAUUUUACAGUUCCCCCCACCUAGUGCACGUCCGGGAGCGAAUCCGGAUUGACGGACAGCCAAUUACCAAAGGUCUCUUCACAAAGUACUUCUGGGAUGUGUACAGUCGGUUGGACUCCACUAAGGCUGCCUACGGGGGCAGCAUGCCCGCCUACUUCCGCUUCCUCACCCUCUUGACCUUCCACGUCUUCCUGCGGGAAAAGGCAUGUAUACAUGAUGAGUGUGAUGUCGUGACCCUUCUCCUCGGUCACCUGCAGGUGGACGUAGCGUUGAUCGAGGUGGGCAUCGGGGGGGCCUAUGACUGUACCAACAUCCUCAGAAAGCCGUGGGUCUGUGGGAUCUCGUCUUUGGGGAUCGACCACACCAGCAUCCUGGGAGAUAGCAUUGAGAAGAUUGCCUGGCAAAAAGGUGGCAUCUUUAAGCCAGGGGUCCCUGCCUACACCGUCAGGCAGCCUGAGGGUCCCAUGAAGGUGCUGCAGGAGCGAGCCAGAGAGAUCGGGUGUCCACUCUGCGUGUGCUCAGACCUGGAGGAGUACGAGGACCCGGGUCGGCCGCUUCGUCUGGGUCUCGCCGGGCAGCACCAGCGCUCCAAUGCCGCUCUUGCCCUCCAGCUGUCUUGGAGCUGGCUGCAGCGCCACCAUGUGGCAGGUAACUGGUGGCCAGUGCUCUCCAAGGAAGCUGCCUCCGUUUCCAUGGCAAUGCCAUUCCCGCUCAGUUCCGCUACGAUAAAAGGGCUGGAGGACACCGAGUGGCCGGGGAGGGGCCAGAUCUUACGACAUGGCUUCCUGACCUACUAUCUGGACGGGGCCCACACCAUGCGCAGCAUGCAGGCCUGCGUGCGCUGGUUCAGCCAGGAGGCCUCCAGCCAGGAGAGGGCGCUCUGGGGCCCGGUGGUGCGCGUGCUGCUCUUCAACACCACGGGGGAGCGGGACUCAGCCGCUCUCCUCAAGCUGCUGGCGCCCUGCCAGUUUGACUUUGCCGUUUUCAGCCCCAACAUCAUAGAGACUGUUGGCUCAAAUGAAGAUCCCCCCAAUCCCAGUGUGGAGAACAUGCUUGCUCGUUGCCUGGACAACCAAAGCAGCUGGUGGAGCAUGAGUGGCCAGAGGGAGCGGCUGGAGGCCGAACGAGUCAUCCCAUGCGGCGUCCCCCUUGUGGCUGGGCUGAGGAACAACGCCCUUGUGUUCCCCUGCAUCCUCAGCGCCCUCCAGUGGAUCAGCCAGGGAAGGGACCCUGUCCUUAUGCUACCAAAGGAGCAUGUGAUGCAGACUCAUCCUGCCGUCGCGUCCAGGGCCCUGCCGCUGCGUGAAGCUGCGGGGAUCCAGGUUCUCGUUACCGGAAGCCUGCACUUAGUCGGGGGGGCCCUUAGGCAUUUGGAUCCUGCCAUGCUGAGCGGCUAGCUGGAGUGUUCUGAUUGGCUGAUUUCCAGAUACCCGGCCAACGUUGAAAGUUCUGGAAAGUUUACUCUAGACUGAACAGAGAACCUUUUUGGGUUAAAUGUCAUGUUAUCAAGCUACUGCCUGCCUUUUUGUGUUUUCUCUAGGAGCCCCCCCACCUCACCCCAAAUGGGAAUCUCCGUGUUGUUUUCCUCUGGAUAUCUGUGGUUUCCCAGUUGCCGAUGUGCGGUGAUUAUUUUUUUUUUGCAUGGCCCACCUGUGAGAUCAUGGAACAGGCCAAUAUAUUUCUCUGUUAAUUAUAAAGACAUUUUUAACUUGG